GUGCAUGCUGGGGCUGCAUGGCAUCGUGCGCUUCCGGUCUAGUGAGUGUGUAAAGCGACGCUCAGUCCUUUUUUCCCUUUCUUGGACUCUCCAGUAGCACAGUCGCUCUGACUGCCGACUCUUUUCUUCCUGAUCUCUCUGGAUCCCUUACGUUUUAAAUCACUGAGACCAUGGCCUCUUCGGCGUCUGCACAAGCACAAGCAAAUCCUGGCUCUUCUGCGCCAUUGCAAAGAGGAAUAGUGAAAAUGGUUCUUUCGGGAUGUGCCAUCAUUGUUCGAGGUCAGCCUCGGGGGGGGCCUCCACCAGAGAGACAGAUCAACCUCAGCAACAUCCGGGCCGGUGCCUUGGCGCGGCGUGCUGUCCAGGGCCAGCCCGACACUAAGGAUGUUCCCGAUGAGCCCUGGGCCUUCCAGGCUCGUGAGUUCCUCCGCAAGAAGAUGAUUGGUAAGGAAGUGUGCUUCAACGUGGAGAUCAAGACCAACCAGGGAAGAGAGUAUGGGAUGGUGUACCUGGGCAAAGAUACGUCAGGGGAGAACAUUGCAGAGUCUUUGGUUGCUGAAGGACUCGCCACCGUCCGCAGGGAGGGGAUCCGUGGCACCAACCCAGACCAAGCCCGGCUCUGUGACCUGGAGGACCAGGCGAAGUCGACUAAGAAGGGCAUGUGGUCUGAAGGAGGCGGAUCCCACACCAUCCGUGAGCUCAAGUACAGCAUCGAGAACCCGCGCAACUUCGUGGACUCCAUGCACCAGAAGCCUGUUAACGCAAUCAUCGAGCACGUCCGUGAUGGGAGUGUUGUAAGGGCCCUUCUCCUGCCUGACUACUACUUGGUGACGGUGAUGCUGUCUGGAAUUAAGUGUCCUACCUUCAAACGAGAGGCAGAUGGCACAGAGUCUCCGGAGUCUUUUGCUGCUGAGGCCAAGUUUUUCACCGAGUCUCGGCUCCUCCAGCGAGACGUGCAGAUCAUCCUGGAGAGCUGCCACAAUCAGGUCGUCCUGGGCACCAUCCUGCACCCGAAUGGUAACAUCACAGAGCUGCUGCUGAAGGAAGGCUUCGCUCGCUGUGUGGACUGGUCCAUGGCGGUCUACACGCAAGGCGCUGACAAGCUGAGAGCGGCGGAGCGGUCCGCCAAAGAACGCAAGGUGAGGAUCUGGAAAGACUACGUGGCCCCCACCGCCAACCUGGACCAGAAGGAUCGUCAGUUCGUGGCCAAGGUCAUGCAGAUCGUCAAUGCCGACGCCAUCGUGGUGAAGCUGGUCUCCGGCGAGUACAAGACCAUCCACCUGUCCAGCAUCCGGCCCCCCCGGAUUGAGGGGGAGUCGGCUCAGGAAAAGAACAAGGAUAAAGACAAAAGGUUUCGCCCCCUCUACGACAUCCCCUACAUGUUUGAAGCCCGCGAGUUCAUGCGCAAGAAGCUGAUUGGCAAGAAGGUCAACGUCACCGUGGAUUACAUCAGGGCAGCCACUGCGGCCACGGACUUGGGCACAUCUUCCAUUCCCGCCUUCCCAGAGCGCACCUGUGCCACGGUCACCAUCGGAGGCAUUAACAUCGCCGAGGCCCUGGUCAGCAAAGGCCUGGCCACGGUCAUCCGGUACCGGCAAGAUGAUGACCAGAGGUCCUCACACUACGACGAGCUUCUCGCCGCCGAGGCAAGGGCCAUAAAGAAUGCUAAAGGCCUGCACAGCAAAAAGGAGGUUCCCAUCCACAGAGUGGCUGAUAUUUCCGGGGAGACACAGAAGGCGAAGCAGUUUCUGCCCUUCCUCCAGCGGGCGGGCCGCUCCGAGGCUGUGGUCGAAUACGUCUUCAGCGGUUCUCGCCUCAAGCUCUACAUGCCCAAAGAAACGUGCCUGAUCACCUUCCUGCUGGCCGGUGAGUGCCGGCUCCUCCCGGGGGCGUCGUGGGACGCAGUGUGCUUCUGGAAUGUUCCGCUUCCCGUGGAGGUUGAGGUGGAGAGCAUGGACAAGGCAGGCAGCUUCAUCGGCUGGCUGCAUGUGGACGGCGUGAACCUGUCAGCGGCGCUGGUGGAGCACGCCCUCUCCAAGGUCCACUUCACUGCGGAGCGUAGCUCCUACUACAAGACACUGGUGUCGGCGGAGGAGGGAGCCCGGCAGCGCAAGGAGAAGAUCUGGGCCAAUUAUGAGGAGAAGACCGCAGAGGAGAGCGUGCCGCAGAUCGAGGAGAAGGAGCGUGUGCCCAACUACAAGCCAGUGUGUGUCACAGAGAUCACGGACAGCCUUCACUUCUACACCCAGGACGUGGAGACCGGUGCCCAGCUGGAGACCCUGAUGGAGACCAUGCGCGCGGAGAUCGCCGCCCAGCCGCCGGUCGAGGGCGCCUUCACCCCACACAACGGAGUGUACUGCAUCUCCAAAUUUGCGGACGGCGAGUGGUACAGAGCCAAGGUGGAACGGGUGGAGUCCCCUGCCAAAGUGCACGUCUUCUACGUUGACUACGGCAACAGAGAGACAGUGUCCUCCACGCGACUCGCACCUCUCUCCCCGGCCUUCAACAUCCGCGCACUGCCCGCUCAGGCCUCGGAGAACGCUUUCGCCUACAUCCAGGUCCCGCAAGAUGAGGACGCCCGAGCCGAUGUGGUGGACUGUGUGGUGCGGGACAUCCAGAACACUCAGUGCCUGGUCAACGUGGAGUAUGUCGAGGGCAGCUGCCAGCACGUGACGCUGCAGUUCACUGACACCAAGGACGACGUAGGCUUGGGCCUGGUCAAGGAGGGCAUGGUCAUGGUGGACGUUCGGAAGGAUAAGCACCUGCAGAAGAUGGUUGCCGAAUACCUGAAGGCGCAGGAAGCUGCAAAGAGCUCCAGGCUCAAUCUCUGGCGAUAUGGAGACUUCCGGGCUGACGAUGCUGAUGAGUUUGGAUACAGUCGUUAAAACACAGAACCAAAGACCAAGUGGAAGAUCCUCCCGCUAAAAUGGAAAAAAAGAAACAACGGCAACAUUCUCCUCCAUUGUCAUCCAUUCCCUUCCUCUGUGUCCCCUCUGCACUCUCUCUCUCCCUCUCUCUCUCCCUCUCCUCCCGCAUGUCUCCCUGCACCUCCGUGACGUCCGUUUUCCCCUCCAGGAACACUCUGUUCUGCAUGAGGCCUCGGGACGGACAUAUUCCAGCUUUUCAUUUGAGAUGGGGGGGGGGGGUGCAGGGAGCAGAGGUCACAGAUUUAAGGCUCUUGCUGAGAAAAUUCUUCCUAAAUAAAGAAAUGAUAUAUAACUAAAAAUGUGUAUGAUAAAAAGACAACAAAUGAGAGCUUAAUUUUCUUUUCUUUUUUAAUUGUGUAUCUGAAUGUUUAAUUAAAUGUCUGUGAUUAUGUAGGGAGUCUCUUUCUCGUGCGGAUGCUACAGACACCUUUCCGGAAAAUUCUCAACACGUUGUUUACAGGUCGACGCUAUUUGUCUUCGCUCUCCAGUUACAGACCCCGUCAUUGUAUUUAAAACUUUCACAGCUUAAUAAAAUGAGCAGAGGCUAAAAACCG